GGAGAGAACAAUUGUAAAUAGUAAACAAACAAAUUUAUCCCGUGUAUUAUAUCCCAGGUAUGACGUUCUUGCUUUGUAGGAAGUGGAAGAGAGAAGAAGGAGAAUUCUCACCUCCAGAAGAGGAGAAUUUGGAUAUUGAGAUGGAUAACAAGCCUUUGCGUGUGCCUUCUGGGUUAUACGUUGUUUAAAAAGACACUGUCAAGAUGCUUCUUGUCUUUAGCACGUGUUGACGAAGACGAGGGAAUUGUAGCUGACAAUUAUGGUUUGAAUGUGAUAGAGAGCAACUACUGAUACUGGCAUUUUUGUAUGGCCUUACAAGUGGCAUAAGUUAUAGCAAAAUGGGUGAUGGUUCCAAUAAGUUAUCAUUCAUCAAUAAAAACUUUGUUAUUGACCAAGAAUCAUAUAUUAAAACUGAACCACCCACAAGCUUAGAGGAUCUCAGAGAUAUAGAUGAUAAUGUUUAUAUAUAUUGUGGGAAUGAAAGUGACCCGAGUAGUACUCUUGUGGAUGAAACGGGCGAUAAGAGCCAAAUUAUUACUGUGUCCCAAGAUGAGGAUCAUCAGAGCACUGUCUGUCGAGUCUGCAAUAAGACGUACAAAAAUAAGAGCAGUUUGUCUACUCAUCUACGAGUCAAACACAAUCUCUCUGCCGAAAAUCGUGCAAAAAUGCCUUGUUUGGAACCUGACUGUGGCUUUCGUGGGAACCGCAUAGCUAGACUUAUUUCCCACCUGAUUCGAGCUCACAAGAUGAAGUUCCAGUGUGAGAAAGUGACUUUUCAGCAGAAAGAUGACUUUUGGAAAUGGAAGAAAGAGGCAGAGGAAAGGUGUCGGGCUUCGUAUUCAGCACAAACUUCAGCAAAGACAAUGGUGUCUGGAGAUGUAAAAUUCUUCCUACGUUGUCGACGUAGUGGUUUCAUUAAGCCCGCAGAUUCAAAGAUGGCUGUGUCACGACCGCACUUUGUGAAGAAAGGGAGCAUAAAGAUUAAUGCUGUCUGCACAUCAUUUAUGGAAGUAAUGUUCAUGAAGGAAGGAGGAGCCACAGUUCACUUUUGCAGGACUCAUUAUGGUCAUGAUGAAGAUGGCUCUCAUCUCAGGAUGAACAGUGAGGAAAAAGAGAUGAUCAAAGAUCUCAUCCUUGAGGGCUAUUCUGCUUCCAAGAUAAUUGCCAUUAUGAAAACUCGUAUGCCUGCUCAUCGGCACCAACUCUUGAAGUAUGCCAAUGUCCGUAAUAUUUCUGUUAAACAGAAUCUCUUUAUGACUCAUGGCAAGGGACUUGUUGGAGGUAGUCGAAGGGUAUUUUUAAGGAAGAUACCAAAGUGCCUUUUGGUAAGACCAGAUGAUGAUUCCUCCAUGAGUUUACAGGUGGAAAAUGAAAUAGAAGUAGAAGCAGAAAUGACAGAAGCAGAUAAUUCUUAUCCAACUUUAAUUGUUCAGACUGGCUCUCAGCAGAAUAUGGUUUAUAGUGAAAACCUAGAAUUGAAACAAUUACGUAAUGAAAUUCAAACAAAAAUUGAAAGACUAUCUCGAUUAGCAACAGGCUUAGUUUCAGACACAGCAUUAAGACACUUAGGUGAGAGUUUAGAUAGUAUAGCAAAAACAAUAGAAAAUGAGAAGAAUAUAGAAGUUAUUCCAGAAAUUCCUGAAGUUUCAAGUAUAAAGCAACAAAACAUACUUUUGCAUAAAGAUACCGAUGGCAACUCUGUCCUCCUACUGUGUUCUAACAAAGAUAUUGAGGAUCUAAUAGGUGACACAAAUCUGAAUGUAGACUGGAGGAAAGCAAAUGUAAAUGUGUCGAUAAAAAAAGAACAAAUUUAAAGAGUAAUAAUAGCUUAAUAUAAUUUUGUAAACUUUUAUUGAUCUGUCAAUGGUAUUGAUAAGCUGGUGGUGAAACUAAUAUACGUUAGUAGGUAUGGCAGAAAUAAUUGGCAUCAUUAAAGACAAUGAAUUAUUUCAGUAUCAUUCAAGCUAUGAUAAUGAUGCAUGGCAUUAUAUUGCACAUUUAUACAAUCUGAGAAAAGUGUUUUUAUGCCUUAUUAUUAGGGCCUUAUUUUAUGUGUGAAAUAUAUCAUUUAAUGUCAA